AUUCCCAGACCCCGCCCCAUCCUCAGCCUCUGUUUUCCCCUGUCAUUCUCCCACAGACAGCGGCGGCCGCAGAGCAAUGAAUGAGCAUCCACAGCCCCAGAAGAGACUAGGCGUUUCCAGCUGCCUCUCAUGAACAUCAAAAGAGGAUUAGCCACCCCAAUCUGCAGCUGACACCAUCGCGCCAGGACAUCGCCUCGAAGGCUGGAAGCAGCUUCAUCCUGACACCUGAAAUCCGCAUCUGGAGGAACGAUGCUCCAAUGGAUGCUCUGCUGUUGACGGAGAGAUGCUACCAAGGGAUUACUGAAGGCGUGGGAUCCAGCUGUGGAGGGAGAGGGUGAGGAAGGAACGUAUUGCGGAUAGACGGGUGAAUGUCAGCGUCUGAGGGUACCGCUCUGCGUUCCUAGGUGCCCUCCUCGGAAAUAAACAAGAUCACAACAGAGGAGACGCAGAAGGGGAGGGGAGCAAGAUGUGCAGUAAAACCAAGAGCAGCGAAGCCCUGAAGGUGGUGGUAAGAUGCCGCCCAAUCAGCAGGAAAGAAGAGGCGGCUGGCUACGACAGGAUAGUGGCUAUGGAUGUCAAACUGGGGCAGGUGACCAUUCGGAGUCCGAGGGCGAACCCCGGGGAACUGCCAAAGACGUUUACUUUUGAUGCCGUGUACGAUGCCAAUUCCAAGCAGACGGACUUAUACGAUGAGACGGUCAGGCCCCUCAUCGAUUCCGUCUUGCAAGGGUUCAACGGCACCAUAUUCGCCUACGGACAGACCGGCACCGGCAAGACCUACACCAUGCAGGGUUGCUGGGCCGAGUCAGAUAAAAAAGGGGUGAUCCCGAAUUCUUUUGACCACAUUUUCACCCAUAUCUCCCGAUCCCAAAACCAGCAAUACUUGGUGAGGGCGUCUUACCUGGAGAUCUAUCAGGAGGAAAUCCGAGACCUCUUAUGUAAAGACCAGAACAAGAAGUUAGAACUCAAGGAGAAUCCCGAAAGCGGAGUAUAUAUUAAGGACCUGUCUUCCUUUGUGACCAAGAACGUGAAGGAGAUCGAACACGUUAUGAAUUUAGGUAACCAGGCUCGGUCAGUGGCCUCCACAAACAUGAAUGAGCACAGUUCCAGGUCCCACACCAUCUUUGUUAUCACUAUAGAGUGCAGCGAACUGGGUGUGGAUGGGCAGGAACACAUCCGAGUUGGGAAACUCAACCUGGUGGACUUGGCUGGUAGCGAAAGACAAAGCAAAACAGGAAUGAAUGGAGAUAGGCCCAAGGAAGCUUCAAAAAUCAACCUUUCUCUAUCAGCCUUGGGUAACGUUAUAUCAGCGCUGGUGGAUGGGCGCAGCACCCACAUUCCUUAUAGAGACUCCAAACUAACCCGUCUUUUACAAGACUCUCUAGGUGGCAAUGCUAAAACCAUCAUGGUGGCCACCUUGGGCCCAGUCUCCCACCACUACGACGAAACCUUGUCCACUCUCAGGUUUGCCAACAGGGCUAAGAACAUCAAGAACAAGCCAAAAAUUAAUGAGGACCCCAAGGACACUCUGCUGAGGGAAUUCCAAGAAGAGAUCGCCAGGCUGAAGGCCCAGCUUGAAAAAAGGGGGAUGCUUAGUAAAAAGCGCCGGCGGAACAGUCGCAGGAAAAAGUCGGUGGAUGGGGAGACUAAUCCGGAUACGGAGGCCGAGGAGGAGAAUGACGACAACCUCAUAGAGAAGAAUGUAGGGAGCUACUUGAAGGAACAAGAGAGGUUGCAGCAGGAGAAAGCCGCUAUCCAGGAGGACCACAGCUUGUUGGAGGAAGAAAAGAUGAAGCUGAUUGAAGAGAAGGAGAAGAUGAUGGAAGAUUUAACAAAGGAGCAGAAAGCAACAGAGAUGCUGGCGGUGAAAUUCAAGACACAGGCGAUGGAGAGCAAGCUUUUGGUUGGAGGGAAGAACAUCAUUGACCACACCAAUGAGCAACAGAAGAUGCUGGAGAUAAAGCGCCAGGAGAUUGCUGAGCAGAAAAGGCGAGAGCGCGAGAUUCUGCAACAGAUGAUGCUGCGCGAUGAGGAAACGGUGGAGCUACGAGGAACGUAUACAUCUCUGCAACAAGAGGUUGAAAUGAAGACCAAGAAACUGAAAAAGCUUUAUGCCAAACUGCAGGCAGUGAAGGGAGAGAUCCAAGACCAACAUGACGAAUACGUACGGGUGAGACAAGAUCUGGAGCAAGCACAAAAUGAGCAGACCCGAGAGCUGAAAUACAAGUAUUUGAUCAUCGAAAACUUUAUUCCUCCGGAAGAGAAGAACAAGAUCAUGAACCGCCUGUUGUACGAUGCUGAGGAGGACCAGUGGAAGUUCCAGCCGCUUGUUCUACCAGGAAACGCCGGUGGCAGUACAAUGAAGAGGCGCCCGUCUUCUGCUGUUGGUUACAAGAGGCCUAUUAGUCAGUAUGCCAGGGUUGCCAUGGUGAUGGGCUACCACCCAAGGUACCGGGCGGAAAAUAUCAUGUUCUUGGAGCUGGACCUGACACCUCCGACUGUGUUUGAAAUGGACUUCUCUAAGGAGCGGGCUGAGCAGGACCCCCGAGCUCUGCACCUCGAGAGACUGACUCGUCUGGACAGCCUCCUGGAGCGCCCGGCCGCUGUACGUGUUAGAAAAUCCAGGUCAUGGUGUCAGCAGCCCAAGGCUCUUCCAUCUUCAACCACUCACAUCUCUUUGUCUUCAAGCAGCCAAAGGCGUCAGCUUUCCCCUACCCAUGAGUGACACUAACCUCCUUAGAUCUAUCUAACCAUGCACAUUACCCCCUAAAGCCAGGCUUUGCUUCCAACUGAUGAGGAGCAGAUAGCGGGGGUACCCACCACUAUCCUUGCUCAGCUUCGAUCUGCCUGGAGAUGAGACCUCAGCCGGUAAAGAAGUCAAGACUUUGUAUUUAUGGAAUUUACAUAUUUAUUUAUUUAUUACUCCUGUGGAAAGUCCAUGCUGUCGAUCUUCAGCACCUCUUGGCUCACUACAGGUGCUUGGAAAGUAGAUCCAUGUGGAUUUAGAAGUUUGUUUCUAGACAAAUCUGUUUGGAAGCUGAGCGUUGGCCACUUACCUGAAAGUGAACUAGGUGUUUUCUGUCUAUUUCUCCAGCUGGCAGAAGGUUCAGCCUGUGCUGUCUUUGUAAAUCCAGCAGCCAAGUUUUUUUUUUCCCAGAAGCUCAGCGAUGUCUAUAUACAGUAUCCCACUAGGACUGGUGGGUUCUGCUCACUUCUUCAACACUGUAUUUCAGCAUAUGAGGCACAAUUUAAUCCUGGCUUGAAUUUCUAAGACUUCAAAGCUUAUGCUUCAAUCGCCAGUGCCUUAACCCAAAGGCUUCUCAGCGUCAUCAUUCACCACUUCGGGAAAAAAAAAAGGGAGUACAACAAGGUCACAAGAUAAGAUCUGUGUUACAAGGGAUGGCAAUGUUAGUAGACUGUUGAUGGAAAGUUGGAUGCCAUCAAUCCUUUGCCGGUGAGAUCUAUAGGUGGUACCCGAAUCUGUUUUUAGAUGGUUGCUUCUUCUGAUGUUUUGGCUUUCUUCUUCUGACAUGGUCCAGACGCAACGUAAAGGGUGGACAGUGAGGCAGGAUAGACACUUUUGAGAGGUAAUCAUCUUUCAUUGGUGGAAAAGUGAAAUCUAAAUGAAACAAAAAUGAAGGAUCAUACGGGAUAUUGAACUACUAAGGACCUGGAUAUACCAGAUCUCAGCAAAUAGGCAGAGGAUGCACUUUUUACGAAGGGACGGAGAACGCCAAACGUCCAUUUGGCAUACAACAUUAAAUCUAUACAUUGGUCUUCAAUAUGGCAUGGAAUAUAAGAGCUGUAUGCACAUUUACAGCUGAAAACAACUUUUAUUUUCUUUUAAUACUUGAAAGUGAAGUUUCUUUUUUAUGUAAUUUUUUCUGGCAUAACCACUAUACAAAAACAGAAAGUUUGUGGGGAUGUGUGGAUCUCUCUUCCCAAAUCAUCAGCGUGCUACAGACACACCACAAAAUGUAUUUUGUGGGCUCAUGGAAAUGAAUAUAACAUGUUGUGCAA